GUCUGCUGCCGCUUGCGGCACGUCUGUGCUCGCCCCCGUCUCAUCUGUCAGAUGCUUGCGUAAACGUAGCAGGUAGUAACCUACGUCGCCGACUUUCUUCAGUUAGCCGCUCAGGCUGAGCCUGAGUCGUGAUCGUACUAGAGUUCGUUGCAGCGUCUACCGUGAGCGAUGGCGUACUGCAUGUGGAACGGUGCCGAAAAGUACCGAGACACUUUCGUCUCAGGUACCUAUGUCUGCUCCCAGUGUGGCUAUGAACUGUUUUCGAGUCGGACCAAGUUUUCCCAUCAUUCCCCCUGGCCCUCUUUCACUGACACGAUACACGAGGACAGCGUCAUCAAGAAACCCGAGUUUGGCCGGUCUACUGCACUCAAGGUGUACUGCGGAAAGUGCAAGCAAGGCCUGGGCCACGAGUUCCUAGGGGACGGCCCCAACGGCAAGUCGCGCUUCUGAAUCUUCUCGGAGUCGCUGCGGCUCGUCCCCAGCGACCAAGUGCCAGGUUCUACGGACGCGACGAAUGCCGGGGACGCCCCAGACGGCCGCCCGGACCAGAAGCCAAAGCCCGUGGGCCUCCUGUACCGCUGCAACCUGUCCUAAAUGUUGCCGAAGCCUGUCUCUUAAAGCGACUGCGAUGUAAUCUCGUCAAUGCCGCCUGCGAAUCGGCCAUUGGUCGACCGUCCCCGAUUGUGAUCCACUGAUGUACUGCGAGGGCACCUUUCGAGCUUUUCGGUUAUUGACUACCCAUUAAGAAUGGCAAACGGAAAGUGUAAUGCCGUGUAUGCCGAAAUCAUGUUCUUGCCAAUGUUGUACCAGGGAACUCGACGACACACCAAUGAUGGUACCAGUGUCAGCAGUGUUGCACACGUGACAUCUUCGCUGUUUUCAACUACACUCAAACCUUGAUAUAAGGCAUUUCGAUAUAACGAAUUAUUGGUUAUACCGAAGUAAGUAAAGAAUAGCUUUGUCAUAGAUACAGUGUUACAAAUAAUCUUUUAUAACGAAUUUUUGAUAUAACAAAGUAUUUUCAUGGCAGAUGUGACCUUGUUAUAAUGAGGUUUGAGUGUACUAAUCACUUCAGUUUGAAUGUUUGCAUCUAUAGUCAAACACAACUUGAAAGGGAGCGAUGCUUCCUUACCAAAGACGCAUUAAUACGGGCCUCCGCACUAGAUGUAAAUCUGUUGACGAAGUUACAAACGUGCAUGAAUGGGCAUGCACACUAGAGCAACAUCAUAAGCUGGUGGCAGCCAGUGACUCCGUUGUUUGUCUCAUAAACAAGGCCAUUUCUUUAGUCAUGGGGGCAUACGGUGGUUGCAAUUCAGUGGUCUGUGUGGGGCCUGUCUUGCUUUCUCAAGAUGUGUCUUUAUAUAGUGAUGUGACGACAAACAAUCCCAAAUUCAUCUCAAAAUGGCAUAUAGGUGCAAAAUAUUCGAGAUUUCCCCGAUUUUUUUAGACCUCACGGAGGGUAAUUAAUUACCUUCCAUUUGAAACUGUGAUCUCGCAAGCGUACAUUUUUGAACACGCACUGUGUACAUGGAUUGACACAGACAGUGGGGAAACUGAAUGUGCAUGUGAUGAGAAGCAAUUCAAAAUUCAUCUAUAGCGGCAUAUAGGUGCAAAGUAUUUGAUAUUUUGCGAAUUUUUCAGAUAUCGGGGAUUGUUAUUACCUUUCAGUUGAAACUGUGAUCUCGCAAGCACUAUAUUGUUAAACACAAGCUGUGAGCAUCAAUUGAAAAGGAUCCAUUUUUCUAGUGUAAGCAAAAGUGUAAGCAAAAAGUAAUGGUCAUAGCUGUAGGCCAAUAACAUCAAUUGCUUUUGCUUUCAGGUUAAACAUUACAUGCCCACUGAUCUCCUCAAGUAUACUGUAGGAUGUCCCCUAGUUUUGAGACAAGUGUUUUUUAUUAACAAAGAGACGCUUUGUAUUUACAUUUGUAUGUUCCCGUUUUGUCUUUCCCAGCCACCUGUGUUUCACUAUUGUUCCCGCUAACGCUAGACCCUUGCGCCGUGCACUGGCUGCUGCUCAAAUGACGCGGCGCCGGUAAAGCCUUCGAAGCGACAGGCGCGGCGCCACCGAUGCCUUUUACUCAGCAGCCGUCCAGUGUCCGGCGCAAGACGUCUUGCGGGAGGCUGGCACGCGCACGUUUUCUAUGUGCUUUUGUUGUAUCCGCCACUAGCACCUUUUUGGAGUCAGUGGUAUGAAUAAAACCAUUGUGUGCAGACAGA